UAUUGUUGUUUAUUUUAUUCGGCGCUAUGCUCCGACACGGGGCGAGCCUUUCGACUCAGUUUUAACGCGCACGUUUUAUGAAACGACAACUAUGCGUCGAUGUUCGUUCGCCGGCGAUAAUUAUUCAUAUCGGCACCGCUCCUAGCGACCGAAAUAGCGACGCGGUAAACAAAUUCGCGAUUCGUAUUGUUCAUUAAAAUAAUUGUUCAUUUUUUUGUUAUUAUUAUUAUUUUUUUAACGUAUUCGAUUUGUUUUUCAUAACCUAUUUGCACGUCGCUCGCCGGUGCCUCUAGUUGUCUCCGCGAAUCUUAAUAGCAGUUAAUCAUAGUUUAUUUUUAACGCGCAACGUGUGUUAAUAAGUGUUGGGGCCACUUGUCGCGGUUAUUUUAUUUUGCGUUUGUUUAAAACUCGUGUUGUCAAAUUGCGGAAGCGAUUUCGGGCGUGUGUUGGAAAAAAUGUUCGCGAAUCAAGAUUUCGCUUCACCCGAAGACCUAGUUGUACAGAUAACGGCCGGCAACCUUGAUUAAAAAAUAAAUACGAUAAUUUAAGUUCUAAAUCAGAGUGCGAUUAGCGCGGGUUUGUUGUUUUGUCGUCGGUGAAUCGCGGCGUUCGAAUUUUGAAUUGACGUUUUGGCGGGAACUAUAAGCCGUCCGCGAAGUGCCGAAGAAGUAGGCUGCACAGAAAGUUUGGAAAAGUGUUGAGCACACAUCGGAUGCUGGGAGUGUUUUUUCAACGCGUUUUCGAGGCUAAGCGCUAGUUGUUUGAACAAGUGUGUUUUCUAAUGGAUUUAUUUUGAGUGUGUUCAAAACAUCUGUGCUUAUUCGUACGGUGGCGGCGCAUUGUGACGGUUGCCAGUUAGUGAAGUGAGAAACUCAGUGCUCAGUGGCGUACCUGGAUGUGUCUGCUUAGGGGAGAAGAUGGUGACCACUUAGAUGAAGCGACUCCAAUGGUGCAAUUACCUCUGGGUCCGGAGUCGGCACUGAACUCAAACCCAGGUGGCGCCGCGAAGCCGCCGCUUCUCAACUCAUUCGAGCUGGACCGCUGUCUGGACCGGGAGGAGUCCGGCAGGUGGGGCGGCGAGGCGGCGCGGCGACGCCGGCGCAGCUCGCCCCCGCGCCGCGCCUCGCCCCCCCGCGACCAUGAGCCGCUCGCACUCGCCAGGGCAUCAGCCCCAACAUCCCCGACCGGUGGGUCAGCCCAUUCCAGCCCGGCGCCCGUCUCUCCCACGGGCAGCGGCGGCGCCGGCGCGAGGUCUCCUCUGCCGCUGGUGGGGCCCGACUUACUCGCCAUGCAACUCCUGGACCAGCACACGCAGCUCCAAGCCCUCAUGAAGCAGAGGCUGUUCCACCAGCAUCAUAUGCAGAAGCAGCAUAUGUCAACAGAAGCGGCAAAGAGGCAACUGGAGCAGUCGAGGCUGCAGGACCAGAUCAACCUGAACUUGCUCUCACAGCCGCAUCUACCGCCGCCUGACACCUCUCCUGGGUCCCUGCAGCAACAGCUGGGCGCGCAGCAGCAGCAGUUGGUGCAACAGCUGCAGGCGGUCCAGCGGCAGUACUUGAUGCACGGGCCGCUCUCCGUUCCGCCUAAUGCCCCGCCAGGGCUCAUGCUGUGGGGCAGUGAGAUGGAGGAGCAUCCUCUGUUCGGGCGAGGAGUGUGCAAGUGGCCCGGCUGUGAUGCUCUCGCUGAAGAUUAUCAAGCAUUCCUCAAGCACCUGGAGGCCGCGCACACGCUGGACGACCGGUCGGCGGCGCAGGCGCGCGUGCAGAUGCAGGUGGUGGCGCAGCUGGAGCUGCAGCUGCGGCGCGAGCGCGACCGGCUCGCCGCCAUGAUGCGCCACCUGCACGCCGCGCGCGACCACCAGCACCUGCCGCCCAAGCACACGCACGGUGGCGCGAGUGAGGCUGCGUCCCCCGGCCCGGUGAGACGUCGGGUUUCGGAUAAAUCAGGCGUCGCUAUCGCUGGAGAGAUCCAACGCAACCGCGAGUUCUACAAGUCUGCGGAUGUCCGGCCUCCGUUUACUUACGCUUCACUCAUUCGUCAGGCGAUUAUAGAAUCUCCAGACAAGCAGCUGACGCUGAACGAGAUCUACAACUGGUUCCAGUCGACGUUCUGCUACUUCAGACGCAACGCCGCCACAUGGAAGAACGCGGUACGUCACAACCUGUCACUGCACAAAUGCUUUAUGCGCGUCGAGAACGUGAAGGGCGCGGUGUGGACCGUCGACGAGGUGGAGUUCUACAAGCGGCGUCCGCAGCGCGCCGCGCAUGCGCCCGCGCACCACCACGCCGGGUUUAUGGGUGCUCAGAGUCCGCCGAUCAUGACCAGCCCUCAUGGAUAUAGCGAGGCUUUGAAAAGAAACCUUCAGGGCAUGAUGGAGGACUGCAACUUGUCGUACAUGUCUGGCGAGGACCACAUGAUGCAGUCGGAAGAGUAUCCAUCCUCCCACGAGGAGUACAGCCGGCCUCCGAUGAUGAACGGGUACGGCAGCAGCUCCUCCUCGCACGAGGCCAAGGCGGAGGACCUCAGCGCCAGCGACGCGCAGGACAUCAAGCCCAACAUAUACGCGCUCAAGAACGAGAUGCACGCCUCCGACUAUUCCAACAAAGGCGACUACUCCGGCGCUGCCAAGGAGUCCGGCAGCCGCUCCGGCGAGACGAGCCCGUACGACGAGUAUCCUCGGGACGACCGGUACCGCCCCUCCAUGUCCCACAUCAAAGACGAGGCAGAGAACCUUUCCCUCAACGAGCAGAGAUCUGACAAAUAAGACCCACUAAGACCCUGAAUCAAUAAUCCGGUACUUAUUUUCAGUAAGCUUCUUAAUCAGUAGGCAUUGACAUGAUUUACAAUCGACUGCACUGAUUGUAGUCAACUAUUAUGUAAACUGGACCUCACGGACGGAGCCGCGGGUCAAGCUUAUAUUUACGGGUGUAGAUCUAUUUAAAGUUAUUAGAAUGGUGUUCUAGAGGUAAAGUGUUCACGUUGGAACCAUAUUAUCGACGAAAGAUCAUCGGACGAUCUCUACGAGGAAUUGUUUAUGUGUAACCAAAAAUAUUUUUGUCUUGUUUAUUUUUUAUUUGUACCCGGUUUUAACGGGGCAUUGAAGUAUUAUAAUGUUUAUUUUGUAGUUUAUAAUUCUUUUUUUUAUAUAAGUUUUAAUAUUGGUAGCUGAGGUUUUAAUGUUAGAUAUACUUAUUAGAGUAAGUGUUAGGAAAUUUUAGGCGAAACGAAUUCAGUUAAUAAUCGUAAUAAAUCAACGAUGAAUAUACCUUAAAAGGUCCAUAUCAAUAUUAAAAAUAUAUAUUUAAUCAUUUGUAAUAUAAAUAAGAACAAUAAGUAGUUGUAUUCGUCUGUAGUACGUUUAAAGUUUAUUUGUCUGAUAAUCACGCAAAGCGUUUUGUUUCGCGCGGUUCAUGCAUCCGUGAGUUAUUUUUCGACUUAACCAUAUUUUAUUCAAUAGCUAAACAUAUAAUACAUUAAAUAUUAAUUUACCUUAAAACAUAUAUUAUUUAACUCAGUAGCGAAACAUACAAUACAUUAAAUAAUAAACAUAUACCAUUAUAAUAAAAAUUGAAUCAGAAACAUUACAUAAGAGCGAAUUAUAUCUACUUAACCAGUGUUACAGAGAAAACAUUUCUAUACUUUUCAAUGUAAGAAAAACAUAAACACUACUUAAACUUUUAAAUAAACAAUAAAUACCAAAUCAAUAAAAAAAUAAUUCAAAGCACAUCACGCAUAUCCUCAAAGGGGUACACAGAACUGCCGUGCUAAGCUCAAAAGUGGUAUCUCAAAAUAAUCAAAAUCUUGAUUUUUAUGUCGUCAGAUAGCUUAAAAAAUACCCAUCCAAUGGUAUCUUGUUUAGAACUUGUUAAAAAAAAACCUUAAAAGAGUUUCUCUAUCUCAGUUUUACACACAAAACUAUAUUUACAAAACUUGGAUUAUCUCGAAAUAAGGUUUCCCUGGAAUACCGCUUUUGCGCUUAGCACGGCAGAGAAGCGCAACCAACCACACACUUAUCCACAAGAGUGUUCUGUUGUGAUAUAAAAAACAAAAAUAAUUCACGUAUGUGUGAAUCGACAAUUUGAACUACUUAAAGCAUAGUGUGCGACAGAUCUUGGUGGUUUUUCGCUUUUGUGAUUUACGAUCUGAAUACAAUUAGAGUCGCUUUGUUGUGGCACAAUUUGUUUUAAUUGAGGAAUUGAUUUGUUUUUGUUAGUGUAAGUACCGGAUGUCACAUUGUCGUUAAAUGACGUUUUUUCUGCCAAGUUUAUAAUGUAUUGAAAAUUAUGAUAUAAUGAGUUUAAUAUAGUGAUGAUUCAUUGCUCGUAUGUCGGUUUUUUAAGUGCCUUUCUACUUAUUUGUGACCGCAAUUUAUUUUUAGUACGAAAUUAUAGUGUAUUGUAAUUUCUGUUUUUUUUUGCGGUAAUAUUUUCUAUAUAUUCCAAAUAGACUUGGUUAGAAAACUAUUAGAUAUAAAGACUAUUUGAGGCUAUCAUAUUCUAGAAAGGUCUUUAAAGCAUUGUAGGAUAAGAUCCUAAAGAUUUAGGGCUUCGAUAUCAAUCUUUCCGCUGUUACAAAUAAGCCAUGAUUAUUUUUAAUCGUCAUUCCGCGUGAUAUUUUAUAUUUUACAGUAUGAUUUGAUAUAAUACAUUUAUUUAAUGAUGUUUUAUAGUUAUUUUUUAAAUAAAAGAAGUAGCUUUAACCUUUUAUAAUUCAAGUUCAAUAUUCAUUAUAUUUUCAUUCUCUUUGGUUUACCCAUUAAUGACGAUCAAGAGAUAUCUAAGCCUUACAAUCUGUGGAGUAGUCAUCAAAACCAAUCACAACUUAAGUAUACUGAUUUUCUAUUGCGCAUUGGGUUUGUAGAAAUCAUUAAGGUAUGGAAAGAAAUAAUUUGGAUUUUACCUGUCUUAAAGAUUACAUUUUUAUUAUCAUAUUUUUUUAUCAAAAUAUAAAAUUACAUAUAUCUACAAUUAGUAUGUCAAUAAAGCAAUUUUAUGCAGGUUUUCACUUCUUGCUAUAGUAUGUAAUUGUUUAACUAAAAUGUUUGUUUACAAGAUAAGACAGGUAAAGAAAUACGAAUGUUUGGAUUAUUUUCUGUUGGUACUGGAUUUGUUUGUUUUAACUAGAACGUAACGGCGAUGUGUGAUUCGGAAUCAAAUGUAAAUAUUUAACAAUUAUCAAGAAUGUAAAGGUUCUUUUGAAAAAAAAAAUGGUAAAGUUUAGAAUUGUAUAACUAUUACAUAUAACACUUUCAUGUUGUAGAGAAAAUUAGAUGAAAAUAAAUAAUUAGUAGUAAAAUGUUCACUGUAUAAUCCAUUUGGAAUUCCACUUUAUCAGUUUUUGUUAAAAUACUUUUUCAGGCAUUUCUUAAAGCAUUUACUUCGGGUUGAGUUAAAGUAUGAUGAACGCCUUGGAUAAAGGGUGAAGAAACCAUAUCACAAGUAUGUAUGUAUACCUAAAUGUAAUUAAACUUAUGUAAAAUGUAUGAUAAUCGAUUUUACAAUACAAAAGCUAAUGUCGAGCAUCGGUAGAACUUUAGGCGCCAUUUUUAAAUUAUGUCAUUUUCCCGCCAUUUUGUAAUGCAAACUGGCCGCAACUCUAUAAAAUGUAUUUAAAAAUGCUUUUUUUGAUACCAGAAAAAUGUAUACCAGCGAACUGUAGAGCCAAGUACAAUUAACAAAUUUAUGUAUAUUUUGAUUUUCUUUUUCAAUUUAGAUUAUGCACGAAAUAGAUUUUUGGAAUUGAUUAAAAAUUGUUACUAUUAUAUAAAAGUAAAUGAUUUUUUAUGACUUUUAGUGGUUUAGGUGCGUUGUGUAGCUAAGUAGAGACGAACUGGGAACGUGUAGUGUUGAAUGUUGCGUUCCGUUUUACGCUACUGAUAUUUAGUUAUGUAAAACGGAACGUCGCUCGCUUUCUCAUUUUGUCUGUGGAAUGUAAUGGCGAUUGUUCAUGGCGCCCGACGAGUGGCACUAUUAUACAUUUAUUGAUCAUUGUAAAUUAUACUUAAUUAGUGUUGUAUUAAACGAAAUCAUUACAAUUA